CCUACUUCCGCUGCGACGCGCCGCGCACGACGCUUUGUCGUUUUUCAUUUUGCAGAACAGAGUGCAUUGAAAACGCCAUUUUGAAGAAGUAACCUCUUCUGUGGUUUACUGCAAAAAGUGGUUGUGGUGUUAUAUUUCGUUUCUAGUGUAUCUUAAAACCGCAAAAAUUGAGUCGGAAACUAAAAUGCCGGGCGCCGGUACUUUCAAAAUCUUCGUCGGGAAUCUAUCCGAUAAAACGACGGACGCCGAUCUUAGACCGCUAUUCGAGAAAUACGGUACGGUCGUAGAAUGCGAUAUCGUCAGAAAUUACGGUUUCGUGCACAUGGAAAACGAGCAAGUCGGCCGCGAAGCAAUUCAAAACUUAAACGGCGAGUUAGUACAUGGUCAGGCGAUUAAAAUAGAGGCGGCCAAGAGCCGAAAGGCGCCGUCAACGCCGACCACGAAAAUAUUCGUCGGUAACCUAUUUGUGUCACCGCCACUACGCCGAGAGCCAAUGCCGCCCAUGCCCAGCUUGCCACCACUGCGUAGCAGCAUGGGAUCAAUGAGGUCCUCAUAUGACACUAUGUUCAGCCGCAGAAGUCCACCGAGAGGGCCACAGAUGUCCCGAGGAAUGUACGAAGAUUUCAGCAGAGACACAUUUGAUGACAGAAGACCAGGGCUGCGAGGUCCCUCCCCUUCCCGAAGGUACGCGCCUUACUAACGAAAGUGGUCAUUGUGUGAUGGCAUUUGACUGUCCCCUGUAUCAUUGAGAUGUUUGGACAAUAAUUUGUAAGGAUGACUGCGAGUGACUUAUAUGCAAUCUAAUAUAGAAUUAAUUGUAUGGUUGAAUAGACUGCUAAUGUCAAGGAAUGUAAAUAAAUAAAAUAAAUCUCAUUUUAAGUAUAA